AAACAUGUCCGACAGUAACUGAGUAACGUGUAAACACCUUUACGGUGACGUCGGUGAUUAACGAAAAUACAAAACAAUUGCUCUCAUCGUAUAUUAAGUAACUAAUGCACUGUUAGAUAUUACAUCCUAGACAGCAAAGAUAACAAACACAGUGUUUGUCGCUUGUAAAAACAUUAGCAAACGAUCGAAGUGCAGCAAAUAAAGAAUAUUGCACGUGUGUCGCCGUGUGAGGCUGAGAACAAGAUCUGCAAGAAAAGGAGAUCAACAUUACAGAUAUGGUCAAACAAGUAGCCCUUUUACCAGCAGGCUGUCAGCCCUGGCACCGUGGAGUCUGUGCGGCAAGCAGCAACCAUUUUGCUUACUGUGCUACUUUGGCCAUCUACAUAUACAAACUUGACCCUUGCUUCAGGGAAUUCCGACUACAUUCUAUUAUGUCAGAACAUAAAAAAACAAUAACUUCCAUUUGUUGGCACCCACAUGACCCAGACAUCCUUUCAAGUUCAGGUGCUGACUUAAAGAUUUUUGUGUGGAGAGUUUCACAGCAGCGGAUUGUUGCAUCGCUGUCAGGUGGGAUGAUCAAGGAAGCUCCUAUGUGCAUUGGAUGGAGCUUUAGUGAUGACACAUGCCUGGCGUUUGUCAGUGGAAAGGGGCCUUUGAUGCUUUGGCACUACACAGAAACAAGGUGCCCAGACAUUGUGAGAGACUCACAGAACUUAUCAUCUGAUGUAGCCCUCUUUAGAUGGCAUCCCAAGAAACAGGGAACUGUUGCUUUUGGACAUACUGAUGGUAGCAUUACUGUAUCCUCCAUAGGAUCAAAGACCUAUCGGCAUAUUCUAGCACCAGAGGUAGAAGGUGGAGAUGAAAUGGAUCCUGUGACUGCCUUAGCCUGGGACCCCUUAUCAACAGACUAUCUGCUAGUGGCUAACAAGCACUGUGGAGUUCGACUGAUUGAUGCAACAGCCAGAGCAGUUAUCAUGUCCUUCCAGCUGCCCAGCUCUGCUGCUGAAAUUCAGACCCUUUGCUGGGUCCACAAUGCUCCUGGGAUGUUUGUCACAGGAGAUGUGCAGAGUGGAGUUCUUAGGAUAUGGAGUGUGGCUAACACAACCCCAAUUGAAAACAUCCGCAUUAAAAAGUCAGGCUUUCAUGAAUUGCAUGUUAUCAGCAUGCAUUCUCCCACCCUCAGUAAGCCACUGCCAUCCAAUGAACAGCAACAUGUGUCAUCGACCAGUGAGGCACAAAGACCAACUUUGACUCCCCACACCCACUUUGCAGUGCCCCAUGUGCAGCUCAUGUGCACCUUCAGAGAUGGAGGGGUUGGUCUCUAUGAUCUUGGUCAUCGAAGGUGGAAAUUUUUCCGAGAUCAGGGACAUCUAGAGACCAUUUUUGACUGCAAGUUUAAACCAGACAAUCCCAACUACCUAGCUACAGGAAGUUUUGAUGGGACAAUCAAAGUGUGGAACAUCAUCACAAUGGAAGCAGUUGCAACUUCUGCUGGCAAUGAAGGCAUCAUAUACCACAUAUCCUGGGCACCAGGCGACCUCAACUGUAUUGCCUGCAGCACAGCCAAGAACGGGAUUUUCAUCUGGGACAUGAAUAAGGGAAAAGUUAUCAAGCGCAUUCAUGAUCACGGUGAUGUCAGUGUCUUCAGUCUUGCCUGGAAUCAGCAAAACUCAAAGCUGAUCAUGUCCUGUGGAGCUGAUGGCUUCUGCAUGAUUCAUCAAGUCGAUGGGAAGCUGGUCCAUAAGUACAAGCAUCCAGCCCCUGUGUAUGGAGGUGACUGGUGUCCAUUCAGCAAAGAGAUAUUUGCAACUGGAUGUGAGGACAGUCUGGUUAGAAUAUUCUGCAUGGGUACAAGCGACAGCCAGCCAAUCAAAACAUUAGCAGGACACACAGCCAAAGCUUUUCAUGUUCGCUGGUCACCAUUGAGAGAAGCCAUCUUGUGCAGUGGGGCUGAUGACUGCACAGUACGAGUGUGGAAUUACAUCAAGGAAGAAUGCGUCUGCAAGCUGUCAGGCCACACACAGCCUGUCCGGGGCUUGACAUGGAAUCAUGAGAUUCCCUACUUGCUCAUUUCUGGUAGCUGGGAUAACUCUAUCCGUGUAUGGGACACUCGCGAUGGUGCAUGCAUCUAUGUUGUGCUUGAUCAUGGGAGUGAUGUGUACGGACUUACUUGUCAUCCUGAGCAGCCAUUUCUUCUGGCAUCUUCUUCACGUGAUUCAACAUUGCGAUUAUGGUCCCUCAUGCCACUACUGCAGCCCCUGGAGUUGAGCAUUUUGGCCGACAUGCCCCCAGCUGAUGUGUUUAGCACACCAGAGAGGGCUAUGUCACAGGGCACAAAUCCUAAGCUAACUGGCAGUGCUUCAGAAAACAUCAGAGACAGGCUACACAGAAUCACUGGUCCUGAUAGCCACCGCCAGCUCAUCAUAUGCUUCUCCAAGUUCUUUUCACUGCCUAUGGGUACAGAGAACCUUUGGGAUCUGGUCACCUUGGCAACAGGAACAGAUGUGAUGAUGCUGUCCCCAAACUACAGGAAUGGUAUCGUCCAUUCCUCACAUCUCACCAAGUUUAAAGCUUCACAGGCACAAGAGCUUGAGAUGGUGAAAAUGUCCAAGUUUGGUGGAGGUGUGGGAGCACCUACAAAAGAUCGACUCCGAGAAGCUGCUGGCAUACAUAUCUGCCUUGGAAACAUCCAACGAUAUUGUGAACUCAUGGUGGAACUUGACCAGUGGGAGAGGGCACUGGCAGUGGCACCUGGUGUCUCCAUCAAAUACUGGAAGUCUCUGACACAGAGGUACUGUCAGUAUCUCCAUAGCAAAGACAAUGAAGACAUCAUCCCCUUCUGUGUUGCCAUGGGAGAUGCUCAGCAGCUGGUGACAUAUCUCCAUGACAACGGACAGCUGAUGGAUGCUGUAAUAGCAUCACAGGCUGCUUGUGAAGAAACUUUUUGUCGCCCUCAACUUUGUGAAUCAUAUGAAAGAGUGGGUGACGGCAAACUGGUGCCGAAUAAGGAGGCUGACAGUAAUGAAUGUCUUUUGAAGAAAUCGAUGGCACACUUAUCAGCAUGGUACUUUAGUAAUGGUUCUGCAGUACUGGCUGCUUGCUGCCACCUAGCUGUUGAUGACUUUCAGGGUGCCAUGUCUAAACUAAUCCGUGGUAAUGAGCUGGAGUUGGCAGUGAGUGUGGGGCGAGUGCUGAGAACAGUGCCAGACCAGCUGCAAGUGGCCACACAGCUUUUGUCCCAAAGAUGUGAACUGCUAGGCAGAUGUUGUGACAUGCGAAGCUACUAUAAGAUGUAUGAGAUGCAAGAGAACUGUUUAGAGGUGUCAGAAGUUGCUGACUUUUCUUUUUUGCUUGCCAUAUCUUGUCUGCAGGCUGGUUUGCCUUCCAUGGAUGCUUGCCUAUCAAGAGCAGAACUGCUACAGCCAAAGGAGGGAUCUGUCAAAGAAUGUGUGGAGAUGUUUCUUCUUUCUCCAGAGCCUGAACGUGGCCUGGCAAUAGGCUUGGCACAUGUAAAGGAGAAACUAGCCACAGCUAACUGGGUGGUGCCUGAUGUCUUUGACUUGCUACAACUUCUGGGAUGCAUCCGCACAGAUAAACUACAACAUCAUAAGAACUCAAAAAUGAUGUAUGAACUUCUGGCCCUUUCUGCAUACCUGGGAGCACUGGUUGCCAUUCGCCGAGGUUACAAUGACCUUGUGACUCCCCUCUUUAAGCACACUCGAGAGAUGAUGUCCAAAGAAGUCAUUGAGCUGCCAUUCAACCUCCGUGAUGUGGAACAUGACUUAGAAACUUGGACAAAAUACACAUCUUCAGUGUCAGCAGGCGCUGAGCCUAGUCAGAGUCACUGGAGAAAGCUUCACAAGCGACUUGGCACUGAGAGGUGGCCAGUGGAGUAUGGUCCUGACUGUGUGUCCAGUUCUCAUCUUCCUUCUCAUUCAGAUGUCCACGUAUCAGUCAUCACAGGACAGAGGAUAAGGGGUCUAGCUGUGUUCCUUGAGGAUGGAAAAUCAGCAGUGUCUGUCAAUGAAGCACUCAUGUGGGCAAAAGUGAAUCCCUUCUCUCCUCUUGGUUCAGGAAUGAGAAUCAACCCAUUCUGAAAUGACUUCAUUGAAACAAAAAGUGGAAAUAAA